UCUAUAAAUCUGAUCCGCCUUGUAGCAAAACUCUCGUGGAAGGUUGAGAGCAUAAAAAACCUCAUCAUUUCCUUGGAGUACACGCGCGCACGCAGUAGUCUCUGAAGCUAGCCGAACAAUUUCUAAGUUCUAACCGCGAAGAAAAGAUCGAGGAAAAAAUGGAAGAGGGUGAUAUCUCACUAUCUGAUCAAUCUCCUGCCUUUUAUGCUCCUCUCCUUCGAGCUAUCCUAGAAGAUGACUGGACUGCUGCUGAAGCUUUUAUUCAGAAACAUCAAAACUGCCUUGGAGUUGCCAUAACAAAAGACCAAUACACAGCCCUUCACACUGCUGUAGUUGUAAAACGCACCCGUUUUGUAAACAAUUUCGUGAGAUUGAUGAAGAUGGAAGAAUUAGAAUUGAAAGCCAACGACUGCACGGCCCUUUAUUUUGCUGCUAAAACAAAAAUCGUAACAAUUGCAGAGGCGAUGGUGAAAAAGAACAACAAUCUGCCAUCGAUAUUCCCCAACGCCAAUGAUUCCAUCCGUCAUUUACCACUUUACGCCGCAAUAGAGACUGGAAAUAGAGACAUGGUGUCGUAUUUAUACUCCGUGACGCCAAUUCAAGACUUGGCUUCUGAGGAUCGCAUUAAUAUCCUCAAGGCUACCAUUUCCAAUGAUUUGUAUGAUACGGCACACAAAAUUUUGGAUACUCUAAAGUUAGAACCUGGAGAGAAGGAACUUCUUUGGGAACCAUUGGAAAUGUUGUCCAGAAAACCUUCAGAAAUAAUUGGCAACAAAAGUCAGCCAUCAGUAUGGGAAAGAUGCUUAAACUCCUGCUUCAGAGGUCAGUUGAGGUUCUUCAACAAAGCUAUUAUGCAAGCAUCAGCCCAUCAAUUAGUUGACCACCUUUUGAAACAGCUUGGAGUUGCAGACGACAAACAUUUAUCAAGUCAUGUGCUUCAGCAAAAUCAUAUGAAACUAGUUGUUGAAGCUGCAAAAGUAGGGAACGUUGAAUUUCUAAUCAUACUUCUAAGCUCUUAUCCCGAUCUCAUAUGGCAAGUUGACAAAGAAGAAUAUGGAACUUUAUUUCACGUUGCUAUUAAACAUCGACAAGAGCGUGUUUUUAAUUUAAUUUAUGAGAUAGGUGUUUGGAAAGACAUCCUUGCGACCUAUGAUGCCAAAGGGAGAAAAAACAUGCUACAAUUAGCUGCAGAAUUGCCUUCUUCAGAUCAACUAAAUAUUAUAUCAGGAGCAGCCCUUCAAAUGCAAAGAGAGUUGUUGUGGUUUCAAGAGAUAGAAAGUAUAGUGCCAAAGUCAUAUGUGAACCAACUGGAUAAAAAUGUAGAAACACCUAGGGAUAUAUUUGUGAGGACCCAUGAAGAACUAAAGAAGAAUGGUGAAAAGUGGAUGAGAAACACGGCAAACUCAUGCAUGCUCGUGGCAACACUGAUUACCACUGUGGUUUUUCCAGCUGCCUUCACAGUACCGGGUGGAAACCGUGAUAAAGUGGGCAUUCCUAUAUUUUUGGAAGCCAAUUGGUUUACGGUAUUCAUCGUAUCAGAUGCAAUAGCAAUGUUAUUCUCUUCGUCUUCAAUAUUGGUUUUCUUAUCAAUUCAUACAUCACGGUAUACGGAAAAAAAUUUCCUCAAAUCAUUACCUCAUAGGCUGGCGUUGGGACACGCUAUGCUUUUUAUCUCAAUAACGAGCAUGCUGAUAGCCUUCACUGCAGCCUGUUUUCUAAUCUUUAAAAGUAAACCAAGUGUUCCAAUCAGUAUAGUUGUUGCGGCGCCUGGUAUCCCAAUUUGUUUGUUUGGUAUCCUACAUUAUGGCCUUUGGUUGGAUAUAUUCCACUCAUCAGCAUUAUUAUUAGGUUCUAAUAGCUUCCUUUCCCGGUCAAAUAAAAGGCUUUUCAAGAAGCAAGGAAAGAAUGACAACCAUCAGUUAUGCAAUUUGACCAAAUAAUUACGAUCAAGGCUUCAGUUUGAUGUUGAUUAAUUAGUUAGGAAUGUUGGCUUCUCAUGUGUACGUAUGUGAAUAUUAUAUAUAUAUACAUAUGUGUGUGUGUUUCUCGUUGUGCUUUC